CCGCACAACACACUCAACAAAUUGGUCAUGCUUCGCCGUGGAGCAGCUCCGCUUUUGCGGGGGCGCUCGACGCGCUCCAUGUCGUUACUGGGCUCAAUCUUCGGCAUUGGUGAGUUCGAGGGUGCGCGUAACACGUCGCUGAGCCGCAGCACGAGCAAGCAGCAGGCCUACGACCUGGCGCUGCUAGAUUAUGUGAGCAUGAACUCGCACCCCAAGUUCAUGCUGCAGCAGGUGCUGGAAGACGAUGCGCCAUUUCUUAUGGGCCACGUGCUCGUGGGCGCCAGUCAGUGCCUCGCGCCGCUCAUGCACCAGGACGCAGUUGACGCAGCGACCAGACUCGAAAUGGCCACGAAAAUUGCCAAACAAGGAGAAUCGACGGUGAGCGAGAAGAUGCACGUGCAGGCGCUGGACGCGAUGGUACACGGUCGCCAUCAUGAGGCUGCUGCGGUGUACGAGACCAUCUUGCUUCAUGACCAGACAGAUCUGCUGGCUUUACGCUGUUGCUAUGAUAUUUACCUUUUCCUUGGCGACUACAAAAACAUGCUGGCGACGGUGACACGUCGACUGCCGUCUUGGUCACCGAAUGACACUGGGUACAGCCUCUUGCUGGGUAUGCAAGCGUACGGAAUGCAGGCUGCUGGAAGGCUGGAUGCUGCGGAGGGUCUGGCGGAGAAGACGUUAUCCAUGAACGGAAAUGAUCGCUGGGCGUUGCACACCAUGCUACACGUCCUAGAAGCACGAGGCAACGCUAAUCACGGAGCGAGUUACGCUAACCAAUACAAGGCAGGCUUCGACAAUGGUGGACCACUGGAGCGACAUCUGUAUUUUCAAUGGGCGCUGUACAUGCUGGAUUUGGGUCACUAUGAUCGCAUCAACAAGAUGCUGGAGGUCAAUAUUCUCCCGUACCAGCCCGACGGCGCUCCUCACGCAGUACCCACGCUCUGCGAUGCCAGUCAGCUCUACUGGAGGCUGCGGUUUGCAGGCCAGGAUACGACUGAAUUAGGCAACCAGCUCCUCGAAAAUUGGACCGCUGUGUUGCCAACUUCAGACUCAGAGGCAAAUGAAGUGUCGAAAGUGCGCCUUCACCCUCUUGCAAGAGUCCUUCGAUACGUAAGCAGUCGAGGUUAUGUGGAUUCAGACAUUGACUUAACGUUUACCUCUGCAUGAACAGAGUAUCCUGGCGUGCGUAUCAUCAGGCACUACGCCUCCGAUUGAGCCGCUAACUGCAGAGGCUGCCGUUGACACCAAUCGUUUUGAGACUCAAUUUGGUAGUACUCCAUUCCAGUUCAGCUAUCCUCCCAUUCCAGGUGAAUAUCGUGAUUCUCUUAAUCCAGUGAACCGAAACUUCACAAUGAAUGCUCACAACUAUUGGUAAUUGUAGGUGAACUGGAAGAGGUAUACAAAAGCGUCUGCCGCGGAUUUCAGGCGUUUGCAGAGGUUCGUACUAGUGUUUUCUUUUAUUUAGUACCAUUUGAUGCCAAGGUUUUGCCCGUAUAGGCGCGAUUUAAAGAUGCAACCGAAGCGCUGUUGCCGGUGCGCGGAAAGCUUGGACUUCUUGGCGGAACUGACGUAGACCAAGACGUGGUAGAGCAACUUCUCAUCGAGUGUGCUAGCAAGUGUGAUGACCUGCGGCUCGCAAAGCUUCUUCUUAAUGAACGGCUAAGUGCAAGACCGCAGAGUGCUCAAUGCUGGAACACCUUUUCACGCGUGUCAGCAGCGAUGGGAGACUCGUCCGCCGUGCGUGACGCACAGGGUAUGAGCUACGUGCUGGGACUUGGCCAGGGCGGCAACCAGACCUACUAGCCGGUGGCCCAUCGUAGCCAAUCUUCCAAGUUUUGACAAUCCGGACAAGGAGUGUCUUUUACAUACAACACCUCGUUCAACCAUAGACUGCAUAUUUAAAUAAUACUACGACCGAAUCGCACAGCAACUGCAACAUGCCAUGUAACCA